AUGCCCGACCAGCAGCGCCGCUCAUGGCACCAGCCUGAAGUUACUAAUCUGUCCCCCGACUCGUAUACGGCCCAGAAACUGGAACAUGCGACAGCUGAACAUCUGCACCUCACCUCGAGGCGCUACUUCAUCGGUCCUAUCCCGACAGCAUGGCUGAGCAAACACCGGCGCGACUGGUAUAAGCACCACCUCCGAAUCAACUACUCGACGCGCACUGCGACCUUCUCUUCGGAUCCACGCGAGGCGCGCCAACGACGGCUGAGUGGCCUCGAAGGCCCCAGUUCCUCUGCCCUCUUCCAACAUAGUUUCCCCCAGCCCGAAGAACUCGAAGCAGAGGAGGAAGAUGGCGCGCAGGAUUUGGAAGCCAGCGGGGCCAAUGGCGCAACAGAUGCCACGGCGGCGACCCCACCUACCUUACAAGUCCCACGUGCUUCAGACCAAAAGAGCGAUGUCAUGGAAGAUGCCGAGUACGAUGAGUUUGUAGACGCGCCCUCAGAGCCAGAAGACGAGGACGCUGAACCUCACGGACGCACAUUCCGCCGAUCCAGCUCCAAAACAUUCAUCACCGCAUCCUCUAUACCUACAGACGGAGAUGGAAAUGAGGGCGAAUCAGACGAAAGACCGCUGCAGGAGCAACAGCAACAACAAGCACAGGCAAGUGGCUUACAUGUUCCUUCAGGCCAAGAGGAGACAGGAUCAAAGUCACUGGGCAAACGCCCACUGUCCAAUGUAGAGAGCCUUGGGAAUCCUACAUCAACCAUCGGAGCAGCUUCUGUGGAUGCAAACUCCACAUCGUCAUUGCUGCGUAACGCUGACAUGAACAAGGCACCGGCUUCCGCUGAUGUCGAUUCGAAACCGCCCGCGAAAGGUAUAAUGGCGAAAGUGAGGAGGAGAUCGGGAAUGAUGUCUUCUUCUUCAGGACAGCUCCAAGAAACAGACCCUGCCACAGGAGAUUUGACACGCAAGAAGUCAAACCUACGGAAUCUCGUAAAGUUUGAUAUUCCAGAAGACUCGAGACGCGCCACACUCCAUCUCAAAGCGAAGAAAGCGCAGAUGACCGUGCAGCGAGCAGGCACCAAGGUGAGACGACAGAAGAUCAAAGAUGGACUUGUUGUCAAGAUGGAGCGCAUGCUUGUGCGAGUCGAUGCCGCCGCAGAGGUUCCAGAGGAUUUCGACGAAAACGUAAACCAAAGGGUCGUGUCCCGUGUCAAAGAAAAGUGGCGCGAGUAUAUGAUCGUCUGCCGCCACAGUCACGUCAAUGAUGCUGAGUUUGUGCUACAGUUCUAUCAGACUCGGGUCAUCCCGGAGAUCGAGCACGCGGGAGCAGGCAAGAAGGCUGCAUACGAAGUUCCGCUGGGUAGGAAGACCUGCAAAGUCAAUCUCUACUCAUCGUUAGACAAGUCAAUGGUCGUGUCCUCACCAGGUUCACGCGAGACCUUGAUCUUCAUCAUGCAAGCUCGGACCGCGUCCAACGCGGUAGAGUGGUAUACCUUCCUCCGAAACGUUCUCGGCUGGCAGCGCGCUUCCGAACUCCAAAUCAAUAUACCAGACAUGAGCUUGAGUAUACGGAUAGCCAACCCAUUCGAGAAGCUGGAGGCGUCGCAAAACAAAGUGCAAACUGCAGAGAAUACGGAGGAGGCUCUACUGAGAACUAUGCAAGAAGAGCAGGCAGUGGCACAAGAACUGAUUAGACGUUGCUUAGAUCAACUACAAGAUACACCAGAGUGGGCGGACGUGCUGGAGUCGUGGAUAAGAGAUCAGCGCAUAGGUCUCGCCUGGAAGCGUUACGACCGCCUUGAAUGGAUACAUGGAGCGAACGAGCGCAAGAUGUACGGCACUAUAGCGAUGCUGAAGUCGCACGAACUGGAACUGAGGCCAAAGACGCACUAUCCUACGACUGCAGUGACAAGAAAAAAGCACAAGACGUUGAUUGAACCGGUUCCUGUCGAAGGCUUCCUUAUCAGACUCACCGGACAGCGCGGACGGGCACAACGACUAGGACUCAUGUACCAUAAGCAGCUCUAUUUCGCUAGCCACGAUCAGUAUCUUGUCUUCUCACGGCCAACAAAGGUCACUCCGCCUCCACCUCCGAGACUACCUGCGUCGGAGAAUGCGAACGUACCGACAGCGCAAGCAAUCAAGGACACAGUACCAGAGAGCUGGGCUGUCAAUCCGUAUGCCACGCAGGAUGGUCAGAUUGAAUGGUUGAUGGAGGGGCACUCAGGCACCACAGAGGCUAGGCGGCUGCACGACGAAGAUGCAGCAGAUGAAGCUGCUCGCAAAGAGCAAAAUCUGCUCAACUGCGACGGCUACAUCGACCUGGCAGACGUUGUAAAAGUCCGCAAAGCCCAACUGGGUGCUAGCCCCGCUGAUCAGGACCUGGAGGAGGGCUCAGAUGUGGACUUUGACGAAGAGGUUGAUGACUCUAUGCGCAACGACGGAGCUACGAACGACCUUGACAUUGAUCGCACUCUCGAACUGGUCAUGAAGAAUGGCCUCAUCAUUCGCCUACAGGCCGCAGACAAAGCUCGUCGAAAAGAGUGGAUACAACAUCUACGCGCUCUCGCCAAGUACUGGAAACACCGUACUGCAUCUGACAUUGCACUCUACAAAGCCACACGUAGUCGCAACCUCAGCGCCCUUAAGAUUGACGAAGAGACAGAAGCACACGUUGGGCAGUUUGCCAGAAAAUGGGAGGUGACUCAAUCAUUCGCCUCACCACAGCUCUACAACAUGUGUGGCAUUGCUUGUUGUCGCAGCAUCCAUAUGAGCGGAAUGCUGUAUCGGAAGCCGCGUAUACAUGCGCCCUUCACACGAUGCAGCGUUCUACUCACCGCCGGUACUCUACUGAUAUUCCGCGAUGUCUUGCGAAGCAGGGUCGGCAAACAAUUGGCGCACAUUCACCACGAGCGCAUAGCAAAUCUCGAUCUCAAGGACUGUUAUAUUUACUCUGGUCUCCUAACAGAGAACGACCUCCUCUACCAGAAUCAGACCUUCGAUGCGAACAAACCAGGUCAUCAUGCCCUUCCACGCAUCUAUCUAGAAGACGGCUGGACGUCUACCGACGAGGAUGUCAUGACUACGUUCGUUAUCUGGCAUGGAAAAGCAAAGAGCUGGUUCCGCGCUGAAGAGGGUGCAGGUGGUGGCGAACAGACUCGCAAAGAAGGCAAGCGGACAAAGUUGAAAAGAGUGGCUAAGCUUGGCAGCAAAGGCCGUAGUGUGGUCUUUAGGGCUCGGUCGCGUGCCGAGCGAGAUCAUUGGGUAUUAGCCAUACAGAAUGAGAUCGAGAGGAUCCAAGGUGAUAAUUCGGACUUCAGACUUGAAGAGAGUGGUGACAAGGGGAUGUCGAACGGUAAUGUUAAUGGGAGUAAUAUAGGUACAUAG